GCAUUGAUCAAUCGGGAUACAUUCUAUGAAUUUCCUAUUGAAACGCAAAGAAUGCUAGCCGAUCUUCUGCCGUAUUAUGACAGGCAGAAGCAGUCUUGGCCUACCCAACCCUCCACAAAUGGAUAUGUGGAGGAUGGUCCACGAGCUCAAGCUAAGCUGGUUGCAACCAUGGAAGAUGAAUCCGUCUGGCUGCAUCCGUCGGCCCUGAGUAAUGAGUUUUUCACAAAAGCUCUUCAAGAUUACACUGAUCGACAAGCGCGAGGAGAGUUCGCUCCACGUUUACGCAAUCGGGCUGGACUCCGGGCGAAUGCUGUCGGUCGCGGUCGUUAUGGUACAACCAUAGUGAAUGCAGAUCUCAUAAGUGGAAAACAAACACUAAAACACACGAAUCCCACCGGAGCGCCAAAGUCGCCGACGACAACUACGUUGUUCAAAUGCUUCAAGGACAUCAAAGGACAUCACCGUGGAAAAUUACCCUUAACCUGUGGUGAACUACCAUCAGUCAGCGCUUACGCGGCACCAUGA